CCUCCCUCUUAGACAAUGCAUGAUUGAAGGAAUUUUUCUUUUUCUACCACCUUUUGAAUUUCUCUAGACUAGGAGAGAUAGUUCAAAUUUUUCAUGCUUUUCCUUUUUUUCUUCUUUUUCUUAUAUAUAUUCUUUGCUUUACUUUGCUGAACAAAAGUGGCAUGCAUGUUAUUUUGGCUCUAACUUUUAACCACUAUGACCCUCUGACACAAAGCUUUAAGAUGUUAAUGUGUUGGUUGUAGUGCAGAGGAGACUUGGUUGAAAGUGUGUUUAAGACUUAAAGAGGUUGAAAUUUGUAACCAAAACAAAGUUUACUUCCAAACAUCUUCUCUACAAAAAAAUCCUUUUUAUCAAAACUCUCAUUUUUCCCUGUGGGUAGUCCUUUUCUUGGAAUUCUUGAAUCAGUAAAAGCAAGAAAAAUGAAUGCUGUUUUGGGUUAUUUGUACUUAUUCAACUUCUUGGCUUAUUAUGCUCAUGCUAUGCUUACUCCAAAUGGUGUAAAUUUUGAAGUGGUAGCUUUGAUGGAGAUAAGGAAGGCUUUAGAUGAUCCUCAUAAUGUUUUAAACUGGGAUGAAAAUGCUGUUGAUCCUUGUAGCUGGAAUAUGGUAACUUGUUCAAGUGAUAAAUAUGUCAUUGGCCUGGCAAGUCCUAGCCAAAGUUUGUCUGGCAAAAUAUCACCAUAUAUCCACAACUUGACUCACCUUGAACUUGUACUUUUGCAGAGCAAUAAUAUAUCAGGAUCAAUUCCUUUGGAGCUUGGAAUGCUUCCAAAACUUAAGACAAUUGAUCUUUCAGAUAACAAGUUAACCGGCAAAAUCCCUUCCUCUUUAGCUCAACUGAAAAGCCUCCAAUACUUGAGAUUAAACAAUAACAGUCUAACUGGAGCUGUUACGGACUUGGCUAAUAUGACUCAACUCUCACUUAUGGAUUUGUCUUUCAACAAUCUCAGUGGUCCUGUACCAAGGCUUCUUGCCAAAACAUUCAACAUUUUGGGGAAUCCCAUGAUAUGUGCAACUGGAAAAGAGCCAGAAUGCAAUGGAACAACACCAAUGCCUCUCUCCUUCUCUUUAAACAAUGCGCAGAAUACUCAGCCUUCUGGAAAACCAAAGACUCAUAAGGUUGCCUUAGCCUUUGGAACAUGUCUAGGGUGCAUCUGCCUUCUAAUUGUUGGGUUUGGAUUCUUUCUGUGGUGGAGACAAAAGCACAAUAAGCAGAUUUUCUUCGACAGUAAUGAACAACAUCAUGAACAAGUGUGUUUAGGCAACUUAAGGAGGUUCCAAUUUAAGGAACUUCAGGUUGCCACAAACAACUUCAGCAGCAAGAACAUACUAGGGAAAGGUGGUUUUGGUUAUGUUUAUAAAGGUCGUCUCAACGAUGGGAAUAUUGUAGCUGUUAAAAGGCUCAAAGAUGGAAAUGCAGCUGGAGGCGAUCAGCAAUUUCAGACUGAAGUAGCGUUGAUCAGCCUGGCAGUGCAUCGCAAUCUUCUCCGGUUGUAUGGAUUUUGCAUGACACCAACUGAAAGGUUGCUGGUGUACCCUUACAUGUCAAAUGGAAGUGUAGCUUCACGACUCAAAGGCAAGCCAACCUUGGAUUGGGGUACAAGAAAAGGAAUAGCUCUGGGAGCUGCUAGGGGUUUACUGUAUCUGCAUGAGCAGUGUGAUCCAAAGAUCAUUCAUAGGGAUGUAAAAGCUGCAAAUAUAUUGCUUGAUGAUGAUUGUGAGGCUGUUGUGGGAGAUUUCGGAUUGGCAAAGCUUUUGGAUCAUCACGAUUCACAUGUCACAACCGCAGUUAGGGGAACUGUAGGACAUAUAGCUCCGGAGUACCUUUCCACAGGACAGUCCUCUGAUAAAACGGACGUUUUUGGUUUUGGUAUUCUCUUGCUAGAAUUGAUCACUGGUCAGAGAGCUCUGGAAUUUGGUAAAGCAGCAAACCAGAAAGGUGCCAUGCUCGAUUGGGUAAGAAAGAUUCACCAGGAGAAAAAGCUAGACAUGUUGGUGGACAAGGACUUGAAAAAUGACUAUGACAGGAUAGAGCUAGAGGAAAUGGUACAAGUAGCUUCAUUGUGCACUCAGUAUCACCCAAGUCAUAGGCCAAAAAUGUCGGAAGUUGUAAGAAUGCUUGAAGGAGAUGGACUAGCGGAGAAGUGGGAAGCCUCUCAAAAAGCAGAACCAACAAGAUGCAAAGCCAACGAAUUUUCUUCUUCAGAAAGAUACUCUGAUCUCACUGAUGAUUCUUCGUUGCUUGUACAAGCAAUGGAACUAUCUGGUCCAAGAUGAUAAAUUAAGAGCAUCUGAGAUGGAAUUUCAAGACGAGAACCUGUGUGAUAUUGAACUUGUUUAUAGGAUCAUACAGAAUAUGCAAAUAGAAUAUCAUACAUCCUGACUGUAAAAGAUAAUCUGUGAACUCAACAUUUUAGCCCUUAGAGUUAUUUUUCUUUUUUGCUUCAAGUGAAGAUGUUUAUGGGAUGUUUUUUAUUUACAUAUAUUCAAAUAGAAUAAAAUUCGCUAGCUAA